GAGCUAACCGGACGGGUCGCUCCGGCUCUCCGGGGAGAGCAGCUUCCCGGCCCUGGAGAAGGGGCGAGUCUUGGGCGAGCCCCCGGGAAGUGCCGCGCUCGAGAGGGACGGUCGGGCUACCCCGGCCCGCUGAGGGCUCGGCGCCGGGCUCCCCUCCUUUCCACUUCGCGAGGGAGGGAGGGGGGGAAGGAGGGGAGGAGAAGGUCCCGCGGAGGAGGCAGAAUGGCCGGUCGAGGGGGUCUGGGGCGCUGCUUUUCCCGGGAGCUUCCUCCACUCCUGCGGCUGCCGCGAGGGCUGCCCUGAGCAGGGGCUCCAGGCUCUCCCGGGCGAGCCAGCGCGGGCCCCCGGGGCCGGGACAGAGGCGCCGGCAUGUCGUCCGGCACCAUGAAGUUCAAUGGAUACUUGAGGGUCCGUAUCGGCGAGGCCGUGGGGCUGCAGCCCACCCGCUGGUCCCUGCGCCACUCGCUCUUCAAGAAGGGCCACCAGCUGCUGGACCCCUACCUGACAGUGAGCGUGGACCAGGUGCGCGUGGGCCAGACCAGCACCAAGCAGAAGACCAACAAACCCACGUACAAUGAGGAGUUCUGCACCAACGUCACCGACGGUGGCCACCUCGAGCUGGCCGUCUUCCACGAGACGCCCCUGGGCUACGACCACUUCGUGGCCAACUGCACCCUGCAAUUCCAGGAGCUGCUGCGCACGCCCGGCGCCUCGGACACCUUCGAGGGCUGGGUGGAUCUGGAGCCAGAAGGGAAAGUAUUUGUGGUAAUAACCCUAACAGGGAGUUUCACUGAAGCUACUCUCCAGAGAGACCGAAUCUUCAAGCAUUUUACCAGGAAGCGCCAAAGGGCUAUGCGAAGGCGAGUCCACCAGAUCAACGGACACAAGUUUAUGGCCACGUACCUGCGGCAGCCCACCUACUGCUCUCACUGCAGGGAGUUCAUCUGGGGAGUAUUUGGGAAACAGGGUUAUCAAUGCCAAGUGUGCACCUGUGUCGUCCAUAAGCGCUGCCAUCAUCUAAUUGUUACAGCUUGCACUUGCCAAAACAAUAUUAACAAAGUGGAUUCAAAGGUUGCUGAACAGAGGUUCGGAAUCAAUAUCCCACACAAGUUCAGCAUCCACAACUACAAAGUGCCAACAUUCUGUGAUCACUGUGGCUCCCUGCUCUGGGGGAUAAUGCGACAAGGACUUCAGUGUAAAAUAUGUAAAAUGAAUGUACACAUUCGGUGUCAGGCGAACGUGGCUCCUAACUGUGGGGUGAACGCGGUGGAGCUCGCCAAGACUCUGGCUGGGAUGGGCCUCCAGCCUGGAAAUAUUUCUCCAACCUCGAAGCUUGUUUCCAGAGCGACUCUAAGACGACAGGGAAAGGAGAGCAUCAAAGAAGGAAAUGGCAUUGGGGUUAAUUCUUCCAACCGACUUGGUAUCGACAACUUUGAGUUCAUCCGAGUGUUGGGGAAGGGGAGCUUUGGGAAGGUGAUGCUUGCAAGAAUAAAAGAAACAGGAGACCUCUAUGCCGUGAAGAUUCUGAAGAAGGACGUGAUCCUGCAGGACGAUGACGUGGAAUGCACGAUGACGGAGAAGAGGAUCCUGUCCUUGGCCCGCAAUCACCCCUUCCUCACUCAGCUGUUCUGCUGCUUUCAGACCCCUGAUCGUCUGUUUUUUGUGAUGGAGUUUGUGAAUGGGGGCGACUUGAUGUUUCACAUUCAGAAGUCUCGUCGUUUUGAUGAAGCACGAGCUCGUUUCUAUGCUGCAGAAAUCAUUUCGGCACUUAUGUUCCUGCAUGAGAAAGGAAUCAUCUAUAGAGAUCUGAAACUGGACAAUGUACUGUUGGACCACGAGGGCCACUGUAAACUGGCCGACUUCGGGAUGUGCAAGGAGGGGAUCUGUAACGGAGUCACCACGGCAACCUUCUGUGGCACACCUGACUAUAUUGCUCCAGAGAUCCUCCAAGAGAUGCUGUAUGGGCCCGCGGUAGAUUGGUGGGCAAUGGGCGUGCUGCUCUACGAAAUGCUCUGCGGUCACGCGCCCUUUGAGGCAGAGAACGAAGAUGACCUCUUUGAGGCCAUACUGAACGAUGAAGUGGUCUACCCUACAUGGCUCCAUGAAGAUGCCACGGGAAUCCUGAAAUCUUUCAUGACCAAGAACCCCACCAUGCGCUUGGGCAGCCUGACUCAGGGCGGUGAGCAUGCCAUUUUGAGACAUCCUUUCUUUAAGGAAAUCGACUGGGCCCAGCUGAACCAUCGCCAAAUAGAACCACCUUUCAGACCCAGAAUCAAAUCCCGAGAAGACGUCAGUAAUUUUGACCCUGACUUCAUAAAGGAAGAGCCAGUUUUAACUCCAAUUGAUGAGGGACAUCUUCCUAUGAUUAACCAGGAUGAGUUUAGAAACUUUUCCUUUGUGUCUCCAGAAAUGCAACCUUAGUCUCAUGGGGAAUGAGAGAGAUGGUAUGAGAAUCACAAGGGGAUACAGAUUUUCCAGGAAUUUCCUUUGUGAAGAAGUCUCCAGCACCAACCUUAGAACAAGAACCUUCCCUCCAGGGAACAGGUGGAGAACUGUGUGGAAGGAUGGACCUUCAAGAGAUCAACUCUUUCAAGUCCUGAUGGAGCCAUGGUACUGGAAAUAGUUGAUACCGAAAUGAGAUUUCACGAAGAAAUGUACUGCUCAACCUAUGAGUUUCCAUGGCUAUUUCGGGCUUGGGAUAUUAACAGGAGCCAAAAGGAGAGAAGUUGUGAAGAAUAAACUAGAUCCUAGAAAUUCUGAGCCAAACAGGCUUUUUACUUCAAGAGACAAGUUGAGACUUUGUACGGACCACUCUGUGCUCUUCUUUAAGCCAGUGAGCCGCUGAUACUGGCACUCUGCAAGAAGUCUCUAAGUGCUAAUGAAGAAUUUAAAGAUAAGGACAUGAAUCGCUUUCCAAAUAGAAUGAUUUCCUCUGAAGAAACAAAAAGUGGUAUUCAUAAAACUCACAACUUAGAGCCCGAUCUUGAAAACAGAUGUCGAGCACCAAGACAAGCUAUUCCAGCUUGUUCUGCUCCUUCGUUUCAUAGCUAUUUAUUGUGUCCAGUGAGACGGUGCCACAAUCCCCAGUAGUAUAAACAACAGAUUUUCGUUGACCAGGCUUUCAUUCUAGAGUCCAUUAAUUUACCAGAGUGGUGUUUGCGUUCUGUGCAAUGCCUCUCCACAUUGAAUAUGUCAUACUUCUUUGUCUGCACAUAACUCUUUUUUUCACAGAAGGCUCACUGCCGUGACAGCAACUCUUUGCAAAACCAGCAGGCGAGCUAGAGGUGCCUGCUGCCUGCUGACUUGUGGGAUCUCCUCUUGGGCAAUGUGUCAGUGUCACUCUGGACUCAUAAGUGAAGAAUUGCACACCACUCACGUCAGUGACCAUACUCAUGGCUUAAACAUUAGCAGUUUAUUUAAAUUAUAUUUCAAGAGACAAAGAUGUUUGUUUGGUAUGCAUUUUAAUAAUUAGAAAUGGCUCUUGUAAACAGGAAAUUUAUCAGAGAAGGACCUUAUAAUAUGUACCCAUAUAUGCAGUUGGAGAAUUUUAUCUAGCUGGAAAUAAAUGCAUUUUGUAGCAAAAGGAAA